AACUCUUCCGAUGAUUUUGGUUCCGACAUACAAACAUGGCGUCCACAAUGCUGAAGGUUGCAGUGACAGGUCUUUCCAGAUGUUCUCGCCUCACACUCCUGAGGACGCAUUCAACGAAACCAUCCCUUCAUCAGGGCCUUCCCGGGUCCCUCUGGAAGCUUGGGAGGCUGAACCACAUUGCCAUCGCUGUCCCUGACAUGGAGAAGGCCACGGCUCUGUAUCGGGACGUGCUGGGGGCCACAGUGAGUGAGCAGGUGCCCCUGCCCGAGCACGGCGUCUACACAGUGUUUGUGGAGCUCGGCAACACUAAGCUGGAGCUGCUUCAUCCUCUGGGGGAGAAGAGUCCGAUCGCUGGCUUCUUACUGAAGAACAAGUCUGGAGGGAUGCACCACAUUUGUAUUGAGGUAGACAACAUUAACGCUGCAAUAGCAGACCUGAAAGAAAAGAACAUCAGAACUCUGUCAGCAGAACCCCGGAUAGGUGCUCACGGGAAACCGGUGAUGUUCCUCCAUCCUAAAGACUGUGACGGUGUGCUGGUGGAGCUUGAAGAAGCCUGAACACCUCAGGCUGGCAGGAAAUGUGGGAGAUGUUAAUUCACAUUUAUAUAUUCGAGUCAGUUUGCUGACAUUUUGAUUUUGUAAUAUUGUUCUUUAUAUAACUUUUGAUCUCAAGAUGCCUUAAAGUUGUUCUUCCAGUUCUGUUCUUUACUUUUGUGUUGGGAAUACAUUAGGGUGUGAAGUUCAGUGAAUAACCAUUUGCAUUUGAGUUAUGACUUCACGCCACCAUUCUACAACAAAUAGCAGGAUAACUAGUCUCUAAUAAAAGAAAACUGUCUUUAAGGUGAAACAUGCUUAAGUACAGAGUAUGAGUGCAGUAGAGUUGGAUUUCUUUUGGCAUGUAGUACAAACAAAUCUAAAAGUUCUUUAAUAAAAGGGGAAAAGUCA